GAUCGCAGCCAGAAGCAGCAGCCGGUGCGGCUCCAGUGAGAACAACUUGUUUGCUGCAGGAUCGCAAGUGUUGCUCGAAGAAGAGCAAAGAAAAUGAGGCUUUAAUGACAGAUAAGUUGUUCUGAGGCGACGGCGUGCUGUGCUUGAAGAGACAUGAAGGGUUUGUUUCUGCUGCAGUGAUCUAUAAGAAGCGACAAACCAGAGGAUAAGAGAGAAGCGAUGAUGAACUCAGGCAUGCCUAAGCCACCGGUGGCCCCGAAACCAAAGCUGUCCCUCCACCAGAGGCCUGGGCUGUCUCCCUCAAUCCCCAGGAAAGAAGGCAUCUCACUCCUGUCUCCAGGCACACCAAGAAAGGCUAAACCAGUGCUAGCUCCCAAACCCUGCCUCUCAAAACUCACCACUGCUGUGGAAUCCAAGCCUCUCAUUUCGAGGAGCCUGCACCAAACAUUAGUGUCAGAAACUCCUCGGACCAUCGGCCUUCUAAACUCCCAAAAUGGAAUACAGCAAGAGAACAAAAAGCCUGACUGGGAUUAUAUUAUUCCUAUUUGCCUUUGUAACCAAGAAAACUGCAUGUGCAUCAGGAACACAAGCACGGACAGAACGGAGAAAAACUUAAAAACACUUCAAAAGGGCAAAACUCAGGAAAACCAAAAGACUGUUGUGACAGCUCGAGGCAGUCUUGAUGGCAGCCGAGAGAAAACAGACGAUGCUAAGUGCCAAGUAACGAACACUUCUUCCAUUAAUACCCACCUGAUUAGCCACAAACCUCUCCAAGAUGCACUUACAGUAGACAGAAACAUCAUCAGAUGCACUGAUACUCCCAGUCCUGAGGUGACUGUUCGGCCCUCUCUUAUUAACAGAACAUGGAGCGAUGAGGAAAAUGCUUACGCAAUACCUCAGAGUGCACCUGGACGAGGACCAGAGGAAGAUGCUCUUGGCUCAGAGCAGACCAGUGCACUCCAACCCAAACCAGUCCCAGUAGCCCCUAGGAAGCCCAUCCCUGUCCCUGUACCACGGAAACCCAGGACAGUUGUUCAGACUAAUCAGGAAAAGGUGGAGGAGGGGAGGGAAGACAAUGUAAGCGAGGAAAGGAGGGAAGUGAACGUCAAAGAGGUGAAGGUGCCAUCCGAGGGGAAGGGCAGCUCAUCCCUGUCUGUCAGUGUGGCAGAUAGUGAAAACAAUCCACCAAUGUUUCUGUCUGCAAGAAGAGUUUGUGCCCCGCCAGCCCCUCCGCCCAGGAAGAAACCUUUUCUGUCUGCACCUGAGAAAGCACCAACCUCUGCUCCUCUGACGCUUCCAAAGGAUGUGAAGGAGGAAGAUCUGGGCUGGGACAGCAGCAACAAUGAGAUGGAGGUAUCAGUUGAUGAUGAAGAUGAAGAGAUGCAGAAGGAAGGAGCGGAUGAUCAGGAGGCAGCCGACGGCCACCGCACACAUCGUCCUCCUUCUAGCAGUUUGCUCAGUCAGCUGAAACUCAGCCAGAGUCCUGGCAUCACUGCGGGAGCUGAGAAGGGGAUGGUUAAAGUAGUGCCAAACAAGCCCCAGAGACACAGUAGCUCAAUGGCACUGAUUCAGAAGAAGGAACUGCCUGAGGAGAGAGAAGUAGGGAAAGUAGGAGAUGCUGAGAAACAACAGGCUAGUCCUUUGCAAGAUAGUGUUCUGGAGGAGAGGAUGCCUUCACCUACAAAGGAAAAAUCAAGCAAGAACCUCUUAAUGACUGGAAUCAUCAAACCGUCUCGCUCCAGCCUGAGCAAACAGAAAGCCAAGUCCUUCUCCGCGGCUGACAUCAUUCGCUCUGAUGGACAGAGGAGGACCUCUUUCAGGAAACUGCUAGACUUGAAGCUUUCAGUGAUGAUGUUACCCAAGCUGAAGGUAAAAGGAGGCCAGAUCCCAGAACCAAGCAUUGACAAGGACCAAGACAAAUGUCAGAACCUCCCUGAGCCUCUCAACACUGGACAGAAAUUCUCCUGCCCGCUAAUUGGAGUUGAACAAAACGUGGACGGAGAUGAGUUUUCUCCAGAACUUGAACAAGAUCCCUACUACGAGAACAUUGCUCACUAUGAGGAGAUACCAGACUACAUAAAUGUGCCAGUGGGGGAAGCAGGGUCAUCUCCUAGAGCCUCUUUCUCGCAGUCUGCUGCCUGGCAGAGCUCUCUGUACAAUGACGAGGACAUUUAUGAGGAGCAGGAGCCAUAUAUCUCCCUUGUGAAACACGAGCAGUAUGACAGAAGCUCAGUGGACGAAGAAGUGGCUGUUGUGUCUGACGCCCCCUGGGACGAUGACAAUGUGGUCAACAGUUCGGAUGAGGACGAGGAUGAUAGCAGCUCCAUCUCCAGUAAAGGCGACCCUGAGCAGCCAGAGGAGAGUCCGGCACCGACUGAAAAGAAGAAAAGCAAGAUACACCACAUCGCCACAGAAAUCAUGACAUCUGAGAGCGUGUUUGUUGAUGUCCUGAAGAUGCUUCAUGUUGACUUCCGUGAUUCGGUGUCUAAAGCGUCUCAAGAGAGUGGUAAACCUGUGAUUGAGGAGCGUCUUCUCAACCAGAUCCUGUACUAUCUCCCACAGCUCUAUGAACUCAACCAUGACCUGCUCAGAGAGCUGAGACAGAGAGUGGCCAACUGGGAUGAGAAUGCCCAGGUAGCAGACAUCUUCCUGAAGAAAGGGCCCUAUCUGAAGAUGUACUCCACGUAUAUCCGUGAGUACGACAAGAAUGUGGCUCUACUGGAAGAGCAGAUGAAGAAGAAUGCGGCAUUCGGCGCUGUGGUGCGGAAUUUUGAGGCGACUCCACGCUGUGCCAACCUGGCUCUGAAGCAUUACCUCCUGAAGCCUGUUCAGAGGAUUCCUCAGUAUCAGCUGCUGCUUACAGAUUAUCUAAAAAACCUGUCAGAAGACUCAGAUGACUACAAGGACACUCAAGCUGCUCUUGCUAUUGUGAAAGAGGUGGCCAAUCAUGCUAAUGACAUCAUGAAACAAGGGGAUAUUUUCCAGAAGUUGAUUCAGGUGCAGUGCCGUCUGAACGGCCACCAUGAGAUUGUCACACCUGGGAGGGUCUUCCUCAAAGAGGGCAUCCUGAUGAAGCUGUCCAGGAAGGUCAUGCAGCCCAGAAUGUUCUUCCUGUUUAAUGACAUCCUGCUCUACACCACCCCUGUUCAGUCGGGACAGUUCAAGCUCAACAACAUGCUGUCGCUGGCUGGGAUGAAGGUUAGCAAACCAAGUCAGGAGGCCUGUCAGAAUGAGCUGAAGAUUGAGAGUGUGGAGCGCUCUUUCAUUCUCUCUGCGAGUUCAGCCACAGAGCGCGAUGAAUGGCUUGAGGCAAUUUCCACAGCAAUCAGUGACUACACCAGGAAGAAAAUCAGUUUUAUAUCUGGCAAGCCUCCUGAUCAGGUAGAUCUGAGUGACCAUAACCAUGGUGCUCCUUUGGGAUCCAAAGCUCCUAUAUGGAUCCCAGACCCACGGACCACCAUGUGCAUGAUCUGUACCUGUGAGUUCACCCUGACGUGGAGGAGACAUCACUGCCGUGCAUGUGGAAAGGUGGUGUGCCAGUCUUGUUCCUCCAACAAACACUGUCUUGAAUAUCUAAAGAACCAGCCAGCUCGAGUGUGUGACCAGUGUUUCCUUGUUCUUCAGGAGCAGAAAAGUGAAAGGGCUUUGUCAGCAGCGGUAUCCCCCGGAAACAAAGCUGCCUUCACUUUUGCCAGGAAGCAUAAGAAGAUACCUGCAGCCCUCAAAGAGGUGUCCGCAAACACUGACAACUCCUCCAUGAGUGGGUAUCUGCAGAGGUCCAAGAGAACUAAAAAGGGGAAGAGGCUGUGGUUUGUCAUUCAAGACAAAGUUCUGUACACAUACGCUGCAAGUGAGGAUGUUGCAGCCUUGGAGAGUCAGCCCCUGUUAGGAUUUGUGUUGAAAGUUGAUUCUUCCCAGAAGUUGCAGUUUAAACUCUACCACAAAAACACGCUUUACUACAACUUCAAAGCUGAUGACGCCCAAACUGCCCAAAGAUGGAUCGAGUCCUUCAAAGAAGCCACUGUGCUUUAAUAUCUGUUCUCAGUGUAUGAAGCCAUUCAGCAUGAAUGCCUGAACAUGUUUUUACCUCAGUGCUCUCUGCAUUCUGCAAAAGCCAUCACAAGACACAUUAUUACUUGGAAUGAAAUGAAAACCAAAAUAUAAUAUUGUAUUCUGUUGCUUUUAUCAGAUUUACUGUAGCUACAUUUUACAUAGUUUAGGUCACUCCUAUGGAGGUGGGAUUUUAGUCUGUUAUUUUUGUAUUUUAAGAUUAACCUUUUCCAUUAGGAACUAUGCAAUGUUGCCUCCAACUUAAGAAUAACUAUGCAAUAAUUUAUAGCUAUUUUAGACUUUGAUUUUGUCACAGCAUUUUAAUUUAAUUGUCUAGUAUCCUACUUGAAUCUCUGUAGCACCGAUUUCUAGAUUAAAUCCCAUCAUCUAGAGACUGGUAAUGAAAAUAUUUAGAGGUCAAAACUAAUUGCACAGAUGUUUUUUUUUUUUUACACUUGAGAAGUUGGCUAUAAAACACACAAUGUUCUCACUUGUUGCUUUUAUAAGAAACUUUCACCUUACACGAUUAAGGCUUUUUGUAAUUUUGAGUUUAUCCUAGAGUCUUCAUGGUGUAUUGGGGAAUAUUCACACUUUGAACACAACUGCACCACAAUGUGUUUUGCACUUAAGUCACUCAAAUGGCUGUACAUAGAUUAUAUCCUUCCACACAUAUUCUAUGUAUAUAGAGAUUAUUGUAAAUGAAAUGUAAUCAAAUUUUACCUAAAUCUAAAUUUUACAGCUUAAAUUUUGUCAGUUUAAUAAAUUUCAGUUUUACUGUG